UUCUCGAAUUUCUAUUCCCAUUUAUCAGGUUCCAGAACAAAACAGAACAGUAGCUUCGGUUUGGCGUCCCACAGCUGCUGGUUCCAAAAGAGUAGCUUCUGUCUUUGCAGAAAUGGCUGCACUCUUAGCUCGGAAAUCACUUCUUGCUCUUCGUACACGCCAGCUGGCUUUAGCAGGUCAAGGGCUACACAACCCCCAAAAUUAUAGCCUGCGAUUAAGUGCACACUCCUACUCUACCAAAAAAGAGGAUGAAGAAAGGGAGCAACUUGCAAAGGAGAUUUCGAAGGAUUGGAGCUCUAUUUUUGAACGUAGCAUCAACACACUUUUUCUCACUGAAAUGGUUCGAGGUCUAAUGUUGACACUGAAAUAUUUCUUUGAACCAAAAGUUACAAUCAAUUAUCCAUUUGAGAAAGGCCCUUUGAGCCCUCGUUUCCGUGGUGAACAUGCACUCCGACGAUAUCCGACAGGAGAGGAGCGUUGCAUUGCUUGCAAACUCUGUGAAGCUAUAUGUCCUGCACAAGCAAUCACAAUUGAGGCUGAGGAGCGAGAAGACGGCAGCCGCAGGACAACUCGGUAUGACAUUGACAUGACCAAGUGCAUCUAUUGUGGAUUUUGUCAAGAGGCAUGCCCUGUUGAUGCCAUUGUUGAAGGGCCAAACUUUGAAUUUACUACAGAGACUCAUGAGGAGCUUCUAUAUGACAAAGAGAAGCUGCUUGAAAAUGGGGACCGAUGGGAAACUGAAAUUGCUGAGAAUCUGAGAUCGGAAAGCCUUUAUCGCUGAUAAUUCCCAUGUGAUCCUUGACUGUUGCUUGUAACGUCUUAUUGAGCACUGAUAAAUAAAAUGAUCAGUGAAUGGUCUUAAAGAAUUGUGUGGAUUCGCGGUCGUUACAUGAGUUUUUUCUUUUGUCAAUUGUUGUAUCGUUGGAAGUAUACGAGGUUGAUGACGUUUAUCUUCUUGAAAUCUUGAACCUAUGUGGAAAUAAUUUAGAAGUUCAACGAGUAGAUGCACUUACAGCUUACUAGCAACUUGUAUCUUUAAUUGAUCUUAUAAAUGCGCCUGAUUGUCCUUUUACUUCAUUAAA